GCAGCUGCCCUUUGAUAAGCGCUGCUGCUGCUGCUGCUGCUGCUACUCAUCUCAUUAUCUGUUGAUUAACUCGCGCCAGUUGUCAGUUUGAAUCCGCGUCGAGUGGUGGGCAGCAUUUCAGUCACAUUUUGAUUGUUGUUCAACUCAAUUUUUGUUGUUGUUUUUUUUGGUCUUUAUUUUUUUCAUUCCUCAACUGAUAAGCGAUUCGCAGCAAAAGAUGAAGGCGCUGAUAGUUAUACUCGUGGCAAUCGCUUUGAUUCACUGCAGCAGCGCACAGGAUGUGAAUGAGGCGGAUGAUGAAACUGAUGCGCAUAAUAUUGAGGUGAGCAAAAAUCGCGUGGCCGCUCAAAUUGAGGCGGUACUGGAGCACUAUAAGCAAAAAGAUCCCGUGGGAUUGCCCGGGGCGCACAUCCCAGAUCCCGUCGAUGUGCCCGAUACGUCCAAUAGCCUGGGCAUGGCCAAUCUGAACAUGCGCAAGGUGAAGGCCUAUGGAUUGUCCAAGUUUCGCAUCGCCAGCAUCAAUGCAGACUUUAAGGAAAUGAUGGUGGAGGCGGGCAUAACCCUGGACGAGAUGUUGGUCAAGGGCGAUUACACGUUGAGCUCCUUCUUCACCAAGGCGAAUGGACCAUUUACGGUGAUCUUGAAGAAGGUAUAUGUCACAGCAUCGGCCUCGUUGAUCGUAAAACGUGACGGACACUUGACGACGGACCGUAUUAAGAUGGACAUCAGUUUCGGCGAGAUGGCCAUGGAUUUUCAAAAUCUUGGCUUCUUGGGCAGCGUAUUCCAGGGCCUCAUCAAUUCGGCGCCUAAUCUGGUGUUCGAUGCUAUGAAGCCACUCAUGCAAAAGGAGGUGGACCAAAAGCUGCGCAUCGAGAUCAAUGCAUCCAUUGAGAAGACGCUGGGAGAUCGCCGGAUGCCGAAUUCGAUAACGCCGCUCGACAGUGUAAUUGCCGAGGGCAGGAAACUGGUGCGCCAGAAUGGUUACGAUCCGUAUCAUUUGCCCGACAUGAAUCGCACCAUGGGUGUUUUUAGUGUACAACUGGCCAACACGUGGAUCAGUGGCGUCUCCAGUUUCUAUCGGGUGGGGAAUAUUACAGCUGGCAUGCAAAAUAAUACAAUUUCGCUACGUGUGCAAGUGGGCACCCAGCAGAUCACUGGCGCCGGCCAAUGGGAGGUGGGGCUUGGUUUGGUUACACGUGUCGGACAUGUCCAGUUCACGGUGCAGCAUAUACGUGCCACCGUUGAGAUCAGUCAGUCGUUGGACACCCGCAAGCGGCCACAGAUUAACGAUCUACAAUUCGAUAUGGGCAAUAUUCAGGUGCGUUGCGAUGGUGCUGGCACCUUGGACUACAUCAUGGAGUUUGCUGUGAAUGUGCUGCCCAAUCUGUUGCGCUAUCAGAUCAUGGACGCCAUCGAGAACCCCAUAAAGCAGCGUGUCCAAGAGAAAUUCAAUACAAUCGACGUGGAGCAGGCCAUCAAACAGAUGGCGCACAAAUACGAAGACGAAGGCAGCAAUUUCAAAUUCGAUUUGACUCAAUUUAAGGAGUACCUUUAGUUUUCCCAUUUUAUUUCCUACAAAAGAGUUGUGCUCGCUAUGUAAUCAUUAAUUUUUGCUUAUCAAAUACUAUUAAUAAAGCAGCAAAUGCAAA